AUGGUCCGCUUCUUCUGCAAAGCAGCUACCUCAUAUCUGCUGCUAACGGUCGCAGCUUCCGCCAGCCAAGAUUGCAAGACUUCUCCAAAUGACUUGACCUGGCCAUCCACCAACGAAUGGCGUGCACUUAACCGGACCUUACAGGGAGCUCUCCUCAGAACUUCCCCCGCAGCUUCAUCUUGCUACCCUGGAAAUCCACUUCAAUCUCCCGAAACCUGCACGGAUGUCGAGAACCACUGGACUUAUGCCUCAUACCACUCUGCCUGGCCCGAGAGUAUUGAUUACCCGAUCUAUACCAACAAUUCCUGUCUACCACCGAGUGCCACUGGGUACACCAAGACUAGAGGAUGCACAAUUGGCGGGCUUCCACAGUAUAUUGUGAAUGCCACCACCGAGACCCAGAUCGCCACAGCAAUGAAAUGGGCUUCUCAGCGCAAUAUUCGCAUUGUUGUGAAGGGAACCGGGCAUGAUCUCAAUGGCCGGCAAGUGAUUCAAUCGCACUCUACUGGUGCAUUUUCGAUCUCCGUUUGGACUCACAACUUCAAGCACGCCCAACACCGACCAACCUGGAAGCUACCUGGUUGCAACGAGACUGCAGACGUGAUGAUACUUGGCAGUGGAAACAACUGGGGAUCUGCGGACCUUGCAGCAAACAAUGUGAACAGAGCUAUCGUGGGUGGUGAAGAUUCCACGGUCGGACUGGGUGGUUUGAUCCAGAACGGUGGUCACGGUUGGCUCUCCAGUCACUAUGGUCUUGCAUCGGAUCAAGUAUACCAGGCAACUGUCAUCACAACCGACGGUCGCCGCCUCGUUGCAAACGCUGCUCAAAACCAAGAUCUCUUCUGGGCUGUCCGUGGUGGCGGUGGUGGCCAAUUCGGUGUGGUGACAGAGUAUGUUCUGAAGACACACCCGGUCCCCGAAAACAUGGUUACUGGCGGUGUUGCUUUCUAUGCCGGCUCCCAGUCCAACGCUAGCGAGGCUGGAUCAUGGAAUGCAUUAGCUCAUGUUGUUUCUUCAAUCCCCGAUAUUAUGGACACUGGUCUCACGGGCAGCAUCACCGCCCUUACAAAGGAAGAAAUUGUGACACUCCUAGGUCUGGAUCAAACCGUCCCUGGUGCGGCCGCGUCCAUCAGCUUGACAGGUUUCAACAUGACCACUGCGCAGAUGAACGUCACAAUCAAAAAACUCGCAGAACAGAUCCGAAACGUCAAGUACGGCAACUACUUGAACUUCACUUUGACCACACCAACCACCAAAAACUACUACACCUACUCUGGCUCAACCACCGAAGCCGGAGCCGUCAGCCUGCUCACAAGCCGUCUUCUUGGCCGUCGAGAGCUUUCCGAUAUUCCCAAGAAAGAUCUCAUUGUAUACCUCCAGCGGAUUCUUUCCAGCGAAGAGUCCACUGGAUCAAUUCUUCUGUUCGGCCUGCAAGCCGGUCUUGGUCCCGCCAACGUUCCCGAAGAAAUGCGUGGAAGUGUUCUUCCAGCCUGGCGUGAGGCCUACACUCAUGUCAUGACAUACGGGGCAUCAAUCAACGCAACUGAAGACGCGACCGCGGGCUUGAAAAGCGGGGCCGAUUGGUAUGAAGCACACAGAGAGCCUGUUUGGAGAGAAUGGGCUCCCAACACUGGUGCCUAUAUGAACGAAGGAAAUCCUUUCAGUACCACUUGGAAGCAUGACUUCUAUGGUGAGAAUUACGAUCGGCUUCUUGAGAUCAAGCGCAAGUAUGACCCUAGUGAGAGUCUUUAUACUUGGAGUGGACUUGGUAGUGACAUGUGGCACUACGACUUGAGAAGUGGGUUAUUGUGUCGCACUACAGAGAGUUUAGCUUGA